AUGUUGCAUGAGGGCCACACAGGGAUUGUACGUAUGAAGAGUUUUACCCGUAGUUAUGUGUGGUGGCCUGGAAUAGAUGCUGAGUUAGAGCAGUGUGUGAAAUCAUGUGUCUCAUGUCAGAUUCAAAGGAAAUCACCGCCUGUAGUACCUUUGCAUCCAUGGGCGUGGCCAGAGAGAGCUUGGUCAAGAGUCCAUAUAGACUAUGCAGGUCCUUUUGAAGGGAAGUCUUUUCUGGUUAUGAUAGAUGCAUAUUCUAAAUGGAUGGAAGUCCAUAUUACAAAUCCUACAACUACAGCAGCAACAAUAGAAUUAAUGAGGAAAUCUUUUGCUACCUUGGGAUUGCCUGAUGUAGUAGUCUCAGAUAAUGCAGCUAAUUUUACUAGUCUGGAAUUUAGUACGUUUUUGAAGAGAAAUGGGAUUAGACAUGUAAGGACACCUCCAUACCAUCCGUCAUCAAAUGGUAUAGCUGAGAGGGCGGUACAGACACUGAAAGAUGGUCUGAGAAAGAUUAAGGGAGGAUCUUUAGAGACUCGCUUAUCUAGGUUUCUGUUCAAGUACAGAAUCACUCCUCAUAGUGUUACUGGGAUAUCUCCUGGUGAGAUAAUUUUUGGUCGACGUCUACAUUCUCACUUGGAUCAUUUAAGACCAAACAUGGAGAAGAAAGCUAAUUUGAAUAAUGACCGUCAAAAGCAGUGGUAUGAUGUCCAUGCUAAACAGAGAUUGUUUAAGAUAGGGGACUUGGUCUACAUAAGGAACUAUGCAACAGGACCUCAAUGGCUUCCUGGAAAGAUUAUUGAAUUGAAUGGUAAUGUUCUAUUUACUGUAUUGUUAGAGGAUGGUCGUAGAGUAAGGAAACAUACUGAUCAAAUUAUUCAACGAUAUGAAAGAUCCAAUACUCAAGAGUCUAAUGAUGACUUCUCAGAGGAUCCUAUUGUGGUUAGUACUCCUAAUCCAUCACCUACAGUUAAUGCUUCUCAAUCUCCCCCUAUUCAAUUACCUUUAACUACUGAACCUGAUCACUCUAGUCCUAUUCAAUCUCCCUCACUCUCCUCUCGUUCAUCUACUCCGAAUCGUUCGUCAUCAACACCCGAGCCCGUAACCACAUCUCUCACGAAUCGUCCAGUACGACGUUCUACACGAUCAAGACACUCACCAAAGAGGUAUGGAUCGCCUGUACGAUAUUGA